UCGUUUACACCCAGUGUGACCAGCCUGCUGUGAAUGAACGACGCUUUUUCCACGUUUGUCCUCGAGGUGGAACGGACGGCCGGUUUGUUGGAGUUCCGCUGUCAGGAUUUACCGGAACUUUAGUCGCCUUCAGACACACACCUAGCUGCUGAUCCACCAUGGUAAUAAUUCAUGUUUUUAUCGAAGAAACAUUUUAAACGAGUUUCACAGCAUCUUCGGAAAGUUCCCAGUUCGUGGUUCGAGCGCGAGUCUGCUCGGUUACUGGUCUGGACAACCGAACUUCUGGGUCCGCUCACACAGUCUAAAAGUCACAUUUCAUUGAUGCAUUAGGACACAAUGGGUGUCCCACGCUGCAUCCUGCUGCUGCUGCUGGUUCAGGUCCCUCAGGCUCAGUCUAGACCAGCCACGGAGGACACAGACACAGAUGCAGUGAAAUCUUCUGAAGAUGAAGAUGACGAGUCAUCCUCAGAGGAAAAUAAACUGUCCAAUGAACUGUCAACAAGCAAUGAAAAGCUCCAGCCGUUGGCUCCACAGUGGGUGAUGCCAGAAAAAAUGGAGAAGCAGCUUCAUGCCGUUCCAGCCAGCAGGACGGUAAAGUUUCGCUGCCAGGCAACAGGAAACCCAGUUCCCAGUCUGCGUUGGUACAAAAACGGGAAGGAGUUCAAGAAAGACCAAAGGAUUGGAGGGUUUAAGAUCAGAGACCACAUGUGGACUCUGAUCAUGGAGUCAGUGGUUCCAUCUGAUAAAGGCAACUACACCUGCGUGGUGGAGAAUGAAUACGGGAGCCUCAAACAUACCUACCUGCUAGAUGUCGUUGAACGUUCUCCUCAUAGGCCGAUCCUGCAGGCCGGUCUGCCAGCCAAUCAGACUGCAGUUGUCGGUAGUGAUGUGGCGUUUGUGUGCAGAGUGUUCAGUGACCCACAGCCUCACAUCCAGUGGUUCAAACACAUCAGUGUCAAUGGUAGCAGAGAGGGACCCGACGGACAUCCCCACAUUCUGGUUCUCAAGACAGCAAAUUUGAACUCAACCGAUAAAGAAAUGGAGGUUUUGACUCUGAAGAACGUAACUCUGGAUGAUGCUGGAGAAUACACAUGCUUGGCGGGAAACGCCAUUGGUGUGUCCCACCACUCAGCAUGGCUUAAUGUGGUCAACGAGCUGCCACCCUCACCGGUUCCAUCACAGACGUACUUGGAGAUCUUCAUCUACUGCAUUGGAUUCAUCAUCGUCCUUAUCCUCACUGCCUCAGCAUUCAUCUAUAGGUUCUACUGCACCACGAAGAAGAGCGACUUCAACAGCCACCUGGCUGUGCAAAAACUAGCAAAGAGCUUUCGAAUGAGGAGACAGGUAUCAGUUGAGUCCUCCUCCUCCUUGCAGUUGGUGUGUUUAAUGCGUCAGUCCCGUCUCUCCAGUGCAGCUACCACAGUCCUGGCAGGAGUGGCGGAGUACGAACUUCCUUAUGAUUCUGCGUGGGAACUGCCACGUGAUCGUCUCACGUUGGGGAAGCCUCUGGGAGAAGGCUGCUUUGGUCAGGUGGUGCUCGCUGAAGCUGUUGGGAUUGACAAAAAUAAACCCACUCGCCUUUCCAAAGUGGCUGUGAAGAUGCUGAAAGCGGAUGCCACAGAGAAAGACCUGUCUGACCUGAUCUCUGAAAUGGAGAUGAUGAAGACGAUCGGGAAACAUAAAAACAUCAUCAACCUUUUAGGCGCCUGCACCCAGGAUGGCCCUUUGUAUGUGAUAGUGGAGUACGCCUCUCAGGGGAAUCUGAGGGAGUACCUACGUGCUCGCCGGCUGGCUGGGUCGGAGUGCUGGAGCGGCUUGCAGCAGGCUGCACUGGGCAGUGUGGAAAUCAGGGCGCUAGUGUCUGCUGCAUACCAGGUGGCCCGAGGAAUGGCAUACCUUGCUUCAAAAAAGUGUAUUCACAGAGACCUGGCAGCCAGGAACGUGCUGGUCACUGAGGACAACGUGAUGAAGAUUGCUGACUUUGGUCUGGCUCGAGACAUCCACCACAUCGACUACUACAAGAAGACUACUAAUGGCCGUUUGCCGGUGAAGUGGAUGGCACCUGAAGCUUUGUUUGAUCGCAUCUACACACACCAAAGUGACGUGUGGUCAUUCGGUGUUUUGUUGUGGGAAAUUUUCACUCUUGGGGGCUCUCCUUACCCUGGUGUCCCCGUGGAGGAGCUCUUCAAGUUGCUAAAGGAGGGACACCGCAUGGAGAAGCCCUCUGCCUGCACUCAGGAGCUGUAUCUGAUGAUGAGGGACUGCUGGCAUGCAGUUCCAUCUCGCAGGCCAACGUUUCAACAGCUGGUGGAAGAUCUAGAUCGGACACUUUCUCUAAUGACCAAUCAGGAGUACCUGGAUCUGGCCGUCCCUCUGGUCCAGUACUCACCCAUCCAGUACUCCCCGGUCUGUGUCUCCACGCCGACUCAUCCCUGUACCUCCACAUAGUUGUUGUGGAUACUUCCCCCCCCCCCAUCCCCACCUGCUUCCUGUGUCCAGUGCCAUGUUGUCUCAGAUGACUUCACCGGGCAGAAGAGAAGGUGAUGAGUUGAGCUCUUUUCUGCAUCCUGUUGUGAAGAACAGCUGGACUGAGCUGGACUUCAGAAACCCUGUUGAUGAUGUAGAUAGUGUGAAUAUUGUAAAUAUUAGUAUGCUAUGACAAAGAUCAGCUUGAAUUUCUCGCAUCAGUUCUUAACAUUUUGUGUAAAGUGUUAAGUUUGUGUCCAUUAGCAGCAUCCCAGACUCUCAGUAAUGGAAUAAUAUUUCAGUAAUGAACUUUCGUGUUUUCUCAACUUAUUUUCUUCACUUCUUUGUCAUUUUGAUACAUUUUUACCAAAAAUGUCUGUUUAUUUACAACAGUUAUCCUGUCCCCAUGCUGUAGUUCUUUUUUAAAACACAGAGCAGUUUUGUUUACCUGUUUUCACGUUGAUGGUGGUGGAUAAACAGAGAAGGAAGUGACGCCACCAUCAGCGUCAGCCUGAGGAAGUUUGCAGCCGCAAACGAAACGUAGCGGGAAACCAGGUAAACAAAACUGCUCUGUGUUUUAAAAAAUAACUACAGCAUGGAAUUAGAGAUACGACACAGCAAGAACACACCUAAGAAGUUAUCCUGUCCUCUGGUUACAAUGUAUAAAAUAACUAAAUACCAGUAUUAAAAUGUAUGCAUUUGAA